AUGAUGAACUUGAAUAUCUUUCGAAUACUAGCCGAUUUGGCGCAUAUUUCGUCGAAAUGUAUCUUGAUCUGGGCUAUUCAUCGGAAUAGCAGCUCCGAGGGAGUCUCACUCCUAACACAGGUUCUAUACGCUUUCGUGUUCCUGACCAGAUAUCUCGACCUCUUCCGUGACUCGCAAUGGACACCCGACCACGCAUACAACAUUUUCUUUAAGUUAUUCUACAUAUUCUCGUCCAUUUACAUCAUCGUCGUGAUGAUAUACGUUUUUCCCCGAACACGUGAAAGAGAAAAAUCUUGGAAGCUGGCAUCGUGGUGUGUUUUGGGCGCGUUGGUUGGCGCACCUACUGCACUUGGACUUAAUGCGGCUGCACUGAAAGAGUCUUAUCCUCGUCAUUGGUUCACAGAGACAUGCUGGGCUUUCUCGAUUAUUCUCGAAUCCGUCUGUGUCCUGCCGCAACUCCUGUUACUACGCCAAACAACCGUGCCGACGGUAAUUGAUUCAUACUACUUGGUUGCUCUUGGCUCAUACAGAGCCCUGUACAUCCUGAACUGGUUAUACCGCGGUUUCGGACCGGAGCAUUACUGGGAUCCGAUUGCCGAUAUUUUUGGCGUUGUGCAGACUUUGCUCUACCUCGAUUUCGCGUGGGUAUACUACACACGUCAGCGCGUGAAGCUGCGACGUGGCGGUAUUGUGGACUCGGAGGACCUUCGAAAAAGUUGGUUUGUUGGUAAGAUCUUGAAUUCACGGAGGAUGAAUACUCACGAUGAUGAGCACGAACCGUUGGACCCUGAGGCUGCGGGAGAAGAAGAGUCUCGUCCUCGCUGGGGCGGAAGAGGAAUUUCUGUGUCAGCUGACGAUACGCUUGAAAAUCAUGGCCGACGUUCUCCAGAGUCAUGA